UUUAUAGCACCUAGUACCAGUAAAGUGAAUGCUGUAUAGGAAAUUAAUUCAACACAACCAUCGCGGAUUCAACACGAGCGUACAAAUUUUAUACGAAGUUCACGUCGCGGGGCCUCACUGUUUUAUAGUAGGUAUAGUGCGCGAAGUGUUUUAUGUCAUUGCUGAAAACUGAUGUGGAAAAUAAUAUAUUUUGGGUAAAACGGUACAAAUAUUUGCCUCGCCUGGAAAGAGUCGGGACCGCGAUCCGCUAAGGAGUGCCAUAGUCCUUGAGUAGUUCGUGAGCGUUGUUGUAGGAUGACUUCGGAAAAUCCGUCUAAUUUGCCACUGCUACACUACUGCCGUGUAUUUGCCUGUACCCUUUCUAACAUGUACGCCAAAAAAAUAUAGUGCUAUGUAUGCUGGAGUGAAAACUAGCAAUUUUCUGGUGUGUUUUGGGAAAAGUGCUUGCCGUGUCGCGUGUGAUGAUGGGAAAUGUCUAUUUUGAUGAGAAAAACUUGUGUUCAGUGAUUGCCGUGGGAAUUCGCGACAUUAAAAAAUUGUGAAGUGCAAAACUAUCAGCCUUCACUAUUGUUGAAAAAGAAAUAAAAAACGUUCUAUGCUGUUUCUUUCACUUAAUAAAAGUUUUCGCAAUUAUUGCUCUGGAUACUAGCUCUGCUGCAUUGAUUAGGAAUAUUUCGUCGUAUCCAGAGCUUUUAUCGACAGUGGCGACAAUUUUUUAAACCCAAUCGGAUCCAGAACAGGGUUUCAACCAUCGUUCCCGCCCCCUUGGGCGAGAUGGUCACCAGAUGCACCUGAAAGGACGCACCGAUAGGCCAUGGCUAGGGGCCAACAGGGUCGAGAGAUGUCACAACGCUGCUGCAGCGACAAACUCUCUGUUUGGACAAGCUCCCAUCUACACCGAUAUCCUUCGCAUUCUUCGGCGGCAGACACCAUAGUGUUGCGGAAAAAAGAACUCAGACAGAAACCAAUUUGUAUAACUAGUGACCCCAGCAGUGCUAGUCGGGGUUGGAGGAGAACUCGACAUCUGAACUAUGUUGAAACCGUUAAAAAACUUACUGACCUAUUUGCAGAGGAAUGCUAAUAGUUCACCCAUUUUCGGAUUAUCCAACGGAAUGGGUCCCAUCGAGGAACCGACUGCGUUGGUAACAAACGACGAUAUGAUGACAUCGGAGCAACUGGGUUGCGAGGAUCCGCUGUACGAUCCACUCGCACUGGACGAAGGCGACGCGGUGGAUGUGCUGAAUGUGAGCAACGCCAGUAGUGCUGCGACCACAGGCACAAACAGCAGCGAUCUGGAUAGUUCCAACGCCGGACAGAUAGUACUGGUGGAUGUGACGAGCCUGAAGAAUAGUCCCGCAACGGGGAAUAACAAUGAUGAUGAGAUUGACACUAGUGAAAAAGUGACAAAUGGGAUCGAACCUGUGAAUGUUAGUGUUAAUGGACACAACGAUAGCAAAGCGUUGCUAGAAGAAGAGGAAGAAAAUAAGUGUAUCGAUGAGAGUAAAUCAACAAAUUUGGAAGAUGAAAGUUUUGUGACUGCCUCCUGUGGGGGUACUCCCAAUGUAUCCCUGGCCACUGAAGAGAUAUUGGUUGCUGAGGUAACUGAUCCGAUAGUGGCACCAAGCGGUGUCAAUGGUCAGGUACAUGAAGAGGAGGAAGCUAGUGACGGUUCGGAUUCCGGUCUUGGUUCAGAACCCUCGAGAAAUGUAUCUACACUAGAAAAGGACACUGUCGAGCAUCCACCGGUGAAAAGUAAUCUCAAAAGACGCUCGGGCGAGGAAACUACCGAAGCGAGCAGUGAAAAGCGACCAAAGAAAGGUAUAACGUUUGAUGGCGUUACGGUAUACUACUUCACCCGAAUGCAGGGCUUCGGUUGCGUUCCAUCCCAGGGCGGAUGCACGCUUGGUAUGGAGUUUCAGCAUAUGCAUACGAAACGCUUUACGCUGGCAGAACAUGCAGCAGAACAGCGCAAAAUGCACCGAGCACAGCUACAGGAACUUAACCCUCGAACCAGUUCCAGUGAAGAGACUGACAGCGACGAUGAACCGAGCGAAAGUGGUUCCGAAGCGGAGAGUGAAUCAUACGGUUUCUUACAACCGGUGACCACCAGACAAAGGCGAGCGUUGCUAAAGGUGGCUGGCGUUAGAAAGAUAGACUCAACGGAGAAGGAUGAGUGUAGAUUGAUAAGGACAUCCCGAGAGGUGUGCGGGUGCACCUGUAGGGGAUACUGUGAUCCGGAUACCUGUGCCUGUAGUCAGGCUGGCAUAAAGUGUCAGGUCGACAGACCUAGCUUCCCCUGUGGAUGCACGCAGGAUGGAUGCGCAAAUGUGGUUGGUAGAGUUGAGUUUAAUCCGGCUCGUGUACGGACCCACUUCAUCCACACUAUCAUGAGGUUAAACUUGGAUCAUAAAGCUAGUAAUGAUGAUCACAACGGGUUGGGAAUGCAGUCGGUAAAUAGUUACAGUAACGGAAAGGAUUGGUCUAGUGGCCCCGUACGAUUACCAGGAUUGUAUGGAAUGGUAGGUGUAAAUGGUGCAGAUACUGUGGAUGGGUAUCCUCAUCUGCAUCAACAGCAGCAUCAGUAUAGCGCAACUCAUAACUAUUUAAGCGGUCAUCCGGUUUCUAGUGGACUUCCCCCAAGCAACGAAUCGUUGGAUCUGCAUUACGCGUUUCGUGAUUACUACGGGCCCCAUCAGCAAUCUAACGAUCAGCUGGCAAUGCCAAAUUCACUGAUGACUUCCUAUUAUACCAACUAUCCGGCGAAUAUGGACCAAUAUCAUCAGCCUCACCAAACCAGUUUGGUUAUGGACCAAAGACAACCUGACCAACAUUCCCCGUACCACAGUCAAAUCGAAUCUGCCGCCACUAGUUCGGUUAUGAUAGACGAAGAUGUAACGCUAAACACUCCAAUCAAUCCCAACUUCAGUUGCGACGAACAUUCGGCUCCAGCCGAUUCGAUCCAAACCAGUGCCUCACAGCCAAUCCCCGAGUCCCACCUGAUGGAUCAGGAAGCUUGUCCUUCUAGCGAGGCACCCGAAAGCCUUAGCCAUGACAACGGAAUACCCCAACCAGAUGAGAAUCCCACAGAAUGCUGCAACACCACAUCCUCCAAGUCCCAAAUUUUUCCCAGCGGUGAUUUCAUUGACCUAAACACCCCACUGGCGCCGGGAAGCGAGCGGUUGGAGGCAAUCAACGAUCUUCUAGAAAGCACUCGCCAUACGCACAGUAUCGCCAAGCAGUCCAUCAUCGCCGAAGAGGACGAUGAGCUGAGUGACUUUCGUGAUCCGCCUGUCGAUCCUCUCCCUAGCAACUAUAUAGUACGCAGUGAAGAACCUUACUGUACCGAAGGAGACGAUACUCAGCCAGAAGUUAUCACUUCGGAUGGGGAAAACGCGGCGCUCGGACUGGAAAAAAGCACCGAACCUGUCUGUCCGGUCAUCGAGCCAAGCGAAAACCUAUGUGAAAUUAUUAAGAAUAGUAUUGUUGAAACUGCGUUGAAUUAAGUAGCCGCAAAACUUACGUUGAAAGAUGUUCUCAUUUCAUUUCGAUACAUUCGUUUUGAUUCAGGGUUAGUUAAUUUUCAUUUUUGGUUUUAAUUUAAUGUUUUUUUAGGUUACGUUUUCCAUAAUUUAUUUCCUGUUCCAUUCCCACAAUUCUAGCUUCUCUCGCAAUCUUCUUUGAUCUACGUUUAUUAUUAUUGAUCCGACACCUCGAAAAAUUAAUCGAAAAAAGUAGAAACAAAUGAUGUAAAAGUUACAACGCAAAAUCUUGUGACUUCUUCAAAAAUUACAUACUUAAUUGCUAAAAACAAAUUGUAGGUAAAUCGAAUUUUGAACAGUUAUCUAAUCAGAACAAAUUGCCAGUUACAGUUCUGCUCAAUGAAACGGAGCAAGAAUGUUACAAAAUAAGACAACCAUGAUAAAUCCAACAAGAUGGCAAAGUAAAUAAUAAAAAUUAUUCCCGUGUCAAUAGAAGUAUUCAAAUGACACAAAAUCACAGGUUGGAUUAAUGCUCUAAUUCUCAACCAUGAGAAAAUGUGGUGAACUUGAACUGCAUUCGGAGCAGCACUAAUCUGCCGCUCUAAGCAUAAUUGUCCCAUGUGUAUAUGGAAUCCCAUAGCACAUGGGACAGUUAUGCUUAUAGCGGCAGUACUUACUAUGUAUAAUGAGGAUUAAGCACUAAAUAAUGUAGGCAAUUAUAAUUGUGAAUAAAAGUAAGCGUUUCCAACGCUGUCUCCUGUACAUAA